CUAACACGUUUGAUCUUAUCAGGUGUCCUCUGAAUAUAAUUCACAUCUUCAUACCCACCUUCCCUCCUAACACUUCCAAAUUAGUAAUACAAUUUAUUCAUUCAUUCAUUAAAUUAAUAAAUAAAUCCUCUCUUUAUUUCACCAACUCCUCCUCUAUCCAUUUUAUUCAUUAUUUCACAAAAAAAAAAAUUUAGUUGAAGAAUUGAAGCCACGAGGAAAAGUGGGAAAGAACAAAAACAAAACAGGAUAGUGAGAAUAAUAACAACACCGAUAAGAGUACUAGGAAGAGCCAAAGACAUGUACGUAAGAAGCAUAACAAAGUGCGGUAACAACCUCAAUUACACCAACCCAAUAGAUUCUACUGGAAGGUUCGAGAAUUUACCAAGAAGUUACAGCGCGGUAACUACCAGAUCUGGUGGUGCGGGUGAUAGCGAGGAUUUUGUUGAGUUAAUGAGAGCAGCUUCGGCUAGGACUUUGGUUAACCGAAUUGAUAUGGAUUUGGUUCUCAAGCAAGAAGCUGCCACGUCAGUAUCACGACCCGUUUCGACAAACGGGUUGCCAAAAUCGGUUAGUGUUGGGAUGGGUCGGAUCGAUGAAGAAAAGGCUAGUGAUUUGGGUGAAAGUUUUGGUGAUGUUCCUGUUGUUGUGGGGAAUUCUUAUCCAAGAAGUAGAAGCUAUGCUGUUGGAAAGAGAAGUGGUGUUUUGUGAAUUUGAUCAUUGGAAUUUUAUGUUAUGGUAAUUUUGAUUUCUAUUUUUUAUUGGAUUUUUUUUUUCUUCUUGGAUGGUGGUUAUUGGUUCAUAGCUCAAUGAUAUAUUAUAUACCACUCAAUCAAUGCAA